UUAUCACCUCUGGGUUUUUGUUUUUUCUUAAACAAACCAAAAACCACUGAAAAUUUUGAAAAAAAAAGUUUUUUCUUAGUUUUUUUUAUAAAAUUUUGUAAAUAAGUGAUUUUUCUCCUUCACUGAUAUGCGAUAAUGAGGCUGCACUGAUGGGCACUGAUAGGCUGCACUGAUGGGCACUGAUGGUGGCACUGACUGGCACUGUUAGGCAGCACUGAUAGGCAGCACUGAUGGGCACUGAUAGGC